AUGGCCAAUCUUUCAAAUCAGCCAUCAGCAUACAUAUACGACCUUUACUAUGAGAAGGAGGCGAUAUCGAAACAGCUCUAUGACUGGCUCCUCAAGAACAACUAUGCGGAUGCCAACUUGAUUGCUAAAUGGAAGAAGCAGGGCUAUGAAAAGGUAUUGUUGACACUCUGA